GUCGGUCCAUUCGUUUUGAUCGAUGUUCAGCAUCCCUAUCGGUGCGGCCCUCAAACGUUUUGCUGUAACGAUUUCACGGGCUCCAAAAAUGAGCGAUUUGGAGCGGAUUCUUUCAAACAACAAAGCGGCCGAGGAGCUGUUGCAGUCGCUGAAACUGGAGCUGAAAACGAUCAAGAACGAACAAGCGCAGCGAAAGAUUGUGGAACUACAGAAAGAAAAUGAAGUACUUCGAUCGAAGGUAGAAACGUAUCGGAAGAAGCUAAUCGCGCUAGAAGUGGCGCAGGGCAGGAUUCAAGUGCCUGUACCGACACCGGAUGAGGUACGGGACGGAGCGGUGGCUGUCCCAGCGAUAGUUAAGACAGCGGUCAUCGAACCACCGAGUGCCGCAGCAGCAACGAAAGCAGAAGCUACACCCCCCGCGGUGAAGCAAACACAGGAGCAGCAGAACGCCAACAAACCAACGAAGGAAAAGAAACCGAAAAAGGACAAACCGACCGGUGAGGGUAAACAAGCGGCGGCAGCCUUGUCGGUGCCCGCGGAAGAGCCACCGGUGGACGUUGGACGGUUGGAUAUGCGUGUGGGACGGAUUGUGGACGUUGCGCGACACCCCGACGCCGACAGUCUGUACGUGGAGAAGAUCGAUUGCGGAGAAGCGGCCACGCGCACCGUCAUUUCCGGGCUAGUUCGGUUCGUGCCGAUCGAAGAGAUGCAGAACCGCAUGGUGGUGGCGCUGUGUAAUCUCAAGCCGGCUAAAAUGCGCGGCAUCCUGUCGGAGGCAAUGGUAAUGUGUGCAUCGUCGGCCGACAGGGUGGAAAUUCUGGCGCCUCCCGCUGGCGCUGUUCCGGGUGAUUUGGUGCACGUCGAAGGCUUCCCACGAGUCCCAGACGCCGUAAUGAAUCCGAAGAAGAAAAUCUUCGAAACCGUUGCACCAGAUCUUAAGACCAACGAUGAGCUUGUCGCGUGUUACAAGGACGGAUGUUUCAUCGUGCCCGGCAAGGGCCAGGUGAAGGCACAGACAUUGAAAAAUGUGCAGGUGAAGUGAUUGGCGGCAGCAACUAGUGAACGUGCCCCCCUCGGAAGAAAUAAAAC